AUGGAGCUGAGGUCAGGACCCUGGUUGGAGGCCUGUCCCUGGAGAGUCAGCCUCCAGCGUGGCCAACUAACACUACAAACAAUUAAAAAAGCAGCGCUGGUCCCCCCGGGGCUGCUCCGGCUUUAUCCGGCACGGCUCGGAGAAAUCGCUGCUGUGCUCUGCGCCGCACAAGAUUCACUACUCACUAAGAGCCGGGCUAUCUGGUGUAUAACGAUGGCGCGAAGGUGGAGCGGAUCGAUACGGCUACAGCCUGUGGACCGGCGUGGAGACAAGGCUAUUAUUAGGACGUCCUCUCCUUACCACCUGAGCCACUUACUCUGA